UAUCUUCGUGAUACGCAUGCGUCAUUACUGCACGUGCCGCGAGUUUGUUGCCAUAGCAACGCUUUGUUGAUAGGUUAUGUGAAGAAGCUAGCUAACCCAACACAUGGAAACAUGAAACUAAAGCGGUUCCUCCUCAGAUAUUAUCCUCCAGGUAUAAUCCUGGAAUAUGACAAAGGAGGGCAGUUGAGGACCAAAUCAAUCGACCUUUUGGAUUUGACUCCAGAAACAAACCCAGAUGACCUGUUGGCAGAAAUCAGCCAAUCAGAGCCUCUGAUCACAGGCUCCCGCGCUAAUCAGGUUAAACAGCUGAUCGUUCGACUUCAACAGAAACAGAAGCAGCAGGACCACCACAGGUUCUGUUUCAUGAAGCAGGAGCUCAAGGCACACAUACUGCCACUGACAAAUGUUGCCUUUGACAAAUCAGGGUCAAGAUUUAUCACUGGGAGCUAUGACAGGACAUGUAGGGUUUGGGACACAGCCUCAGGCAGAGAGCUGCACACGCUGGAGGGUCACAGAAACGUGGUGUAUGCAAUUACCUUCAACAACCCAUAUGGAGACAAGAUUGCCACCGGCUCUUUUGAUAAGACCUGCAAACUGUGGUGUGCUGAGACGGGCAAAUGUUUUCAUACCUUUCGUGGACACAUGGCAGAAAUAGUGUGCCUGGCGUUCAAUCCCCAGAGUACACUGGUGGCCACAGGCAGCAUGGAUGCCACUGCCAAGCUGUGGGAUGUGGAGACUGGGGAGGAGGUGGCCACUCUGACUGGUCACACUGCAGAGGUCCUCUCUCUGUGCUUUAACACAGUGGGAAAUCAGCUUGUCACUGGCUCCUUUGACCACACAGUUGCUAUAUGGGAUGUUGCUUCAGGAAGACGCGUCCACACUCUGACUGGUCACAGGGGGGAAAUCAGCAACGUUCAAUUUAACUGGGAUUGCUCUCUCAUAGUCACAGGCUCCAUGGACAAAACCUGCAAGUUGUGGGAGACAGGCGGUGGGAAGUGUGUGGCCACCCUAGUUGGACACAAAGAAGAGGUGCUGGAUGUGUGUUUUGAUUUAAGUGGUCAGCUCAUUGCCACUGCGUCUGCUGAUGGUACAGCGCGAGUGUUCAGUGCAAACACACAUCAGUGUCUCAUGACCCUAGAGGGCCAUGAUGGAGAGAUCUCCAAGAUCUGUUUCAGCCCCCAGGGCAGCAGGGUCCUAACUGCCAGCUCAGACAAGACAGCUCGUCUGUGGGAUGUUCAGUCAGGUGUCUGCCUUCAAGUUCUGGAGGGACACACUGACGAGAUCUUCUCCUGUGUUUUCAACUAUGAGGGCGACACCAUCAUUACAGGUAGCAAGGAUAACACAUGUCGGGUCUGGUACUGACCCUUCCCUCGUCCAUGUCGAAGCUCAGGCAGACAUGUCAAAGACACAAUGAUCAAUUCUAGUCGAGCAUGUAUGACCCACUAUCAAAAAAACCUGCGGUCAUGGUGAAGUAAAAGUCAUUAAAAGGUUGUGAGUUGUGGACCGUCGCUGAUUAUAUAAGUUGUCUCUCUUAUGUGUGCCUCAUGUUACUGAAUCUCACUUCGUACUGGGCUUGACCAGUCAACUCAUAAAAAUGUCAAUAGUUUGUACUCUCUGUAAUAGUUAAGGGUUAGGGUUUAACAAAGGCUUUGAUGCAGAGAAUAUUGUGACAUUAUACAUUUUUACAGCUAGUUUGGAGCUAAAGCCACAAGACAUUAGCUCAGCUUGGCACAUUUAGCUUGACUCUGUCCAAGGUAAAAAAAAAAAAACAAAAAAAAAGCAGCUGUUGUUAACAUGCUGCAUGGUAACAGAACAUUGUGUUGAAAAUUAAACAAACAGGCGCAGUAGAUUUUAAACUUUAGACCAGGCCUAUUCAGUCACUUUUUUUGGAGGGGUCAGAUUUGAAAUAUAUGUGCUUGACAACAGAUAAUCGAAGGGCCAUAUACAGGGUCUGCCUUAGAGAAGGUGACAGUACAGUAGCUGUUUAGCAUGCUAUGCAUGCUCAGCUAAUCAUUUUCUGGCUCCAGCUUCCAAGUUAACUCGUGGUCUCAAUCCUCUCAUCUAAGACACUAAGUAAGCCUAUUUCCUUAAAUGUGGGCUAAGUUCUUGAAAGCUUAUAGGAGUAACAGUGUCUGAACAUUAUUAGUUAGGAGAAAUGGUUCUAUGCAAAGAAAGUGUGAGCUAGACUCAACUUUCUGAGCUUUAAACAACCCAAAUUUAAUUGAAUUUCAAUACAGCAUGCUGCAGUUCUGAAACAUUUGCAUUUAAUAAUAUUCAUCCACUAGCUUCUGUGUAAAUGUUUGCCUUCCCUCAUCUUCAAGAGCCCAUUAUUAGCUAACAAAGUUAAGCUGGUAUUUUUGUUCCCACUGCCUACUGCAUUAAGCAGCAUUCUCUGAAAGCACAAAACACAAUGAUGAAUGUUUGUUUAGCAGCUUCCGAGCUGGUGUUCAACUGUCGUGAAUUUGCGUCUCACUGCAUCUGUGACAUACAUACCUUUCUAAUUCUGAUGUGGAUAAAUAUUCUACGAAACAAUGUUCACUUGGCUUUCAGUGGAAUGUUACGAAUGAACAAGUCUGCUUGUUUUUCACAUCACAUAAAUUUAUUGAUGUCAAAAGAUAAAUACAUUCAGUUCUACCAUGACAGAGUUUA